AUGGAUCGAGAACCUUGUCCUUGGCGUAUUGUCGAUGAUUGUGGUGGUGCAUUUGCACUAGGAACGAUUGGUGGAACAUUUUUUCAUUCGAUCAAAGGAUUUCGUCAUGCUCCAAGUGAUCAAUUCAGACGGUUAAUUGGUAGUUUAAAUGCAGUAAAACAACGAGCUCCUCGUAUUGGAGCAUCAUUUGGUGCAUGGGGUUGCACAUUUUCAUUACUUGAUUGCAGUUUUGUUUAUCUAAGAAAAAAAGAAGAUCCAUGGAAUUCAAUUCUAAGUGGUGCAGCGACGGGAGCCAUUUUACAAGCAAGACAGGGACCUGCAGCUAUGUUUGCUUCAGCUGUUUUUGGUGGAUUUAUUCUUGCUAUGAUUGAAGGAACUGGUAUUUUGCUUAACCGUUAUAAUCAAAUGUUUAUGCCAGCACCAGCAGUGGAAGAACCACCGGUUGACACUGAUAAAGGCAAAGUUGAUCUUUCUAUGCCAUCAUUUUUCAGUUCGCCUCCUGGACAAUCCUCUUCUGCAUCUGGUCAUUUUUCAUGA